CGGGGGAACACUAUGGACCAGAAUAUGGAACUGGGAUAUUUAGAAAGGAAAGAACUUAAACGUCGUUGAAUGUCGUCCGAACGAAUCAAAAGUACGUGGAAAAGACUUCGUUCGGGGGAGAGUUUAUCUCGCCUAUUUGCCGUGAAAGAACUGCAUUAGCUCGCUGUCCUAAGGCACUGGUUCUUGAGAAUCGAGCUGGCUUCACGAAAGGUGUACGAGGGCUACUGCAGCAGAACGCAGCAGCAUCAAUUUAGGUCUUCUAUUUCGUAUGCCUUGUCUGUACAACGAAUAACCUCCGUGAAUACGGAAUGCAUCUGGGUGAAAUGUAGCAUGAUUUGUACGAAAAUGAUUUAGCAUCUACAUCAGUUAGUCUGUCGAUGAAAUCUGAAGGACAAGAGCACACCUGACUCGCAUGGGGAUAACAUUACGCCUCCUGAGGGCUUUUCUUCUGCACACACCCCUGGUCCCCGGCACCUCCAACCCGAUCGAAGUUGGCAGGAACGACUCGGAAGCUUAUGAGCUGGCACUGCUGUGCGGGAAGGAGGAGCUGAAGUUCGGCCACUGCCUGGUCAACUGGCUGAAAUGCUACUAUAGGAAGGACUGCGGCAGGGAGCACAUGUUGAUGAAACUGAUCUGCUCAGGAGUGAGCUCCAACCAGAGCGGCCUGUCCCAUGAGUACCCUGACUGCAGAGAGGGGGGCAGCGAGGUCAGCCUGCUGGUGUCCCCCCUGGUGGUGGCGGGCAUCGUCAUCGGCCUGGUGCUCUUCCUCUCCUGCGUCACCAUCAUCGUGGGCAGCCUGCGCAAGGACGGCCGCCUGCGGAACCCCCACCUGCGCGCCAGCUACGCUCCUGACGGCUUCUCCUACGGUGGGUCCAUCGGGGAGCUGAGGUCCACCUGCAUCGAGGAGUUCCCGCCCACGUUCGACUUCGACUCCUACGUGGAGACCCUGUCUCAAGUCAACGUGAUGUACCCCGACUCACCGCCUCUAUAUGAAGAGUGUGUGGGCCCCGGUGCGACGCAGAUAUACGUCCCCACGGACGACCCUCCGCCGUAUUCCCUCAUCGACCCGUGCCACGGAGCGGACUUCGCCGAGGAGCGGCCGGGCGGGGCCUCCUGGGCGACGCGCGGCGGCGCCUCGCGCCAGUCCAUCCGGCUCCAGGAGCUCCGCCGGCAGCCGAUAGCCUCCAUCUCACUGUCGGCCCUCCCGUCGGACGAGGUGCCCCCCUACGAGGCGGUGGUGAGGGAGCAGGACCGCCCGCUUCCCCUCAUCCCCACGGACCUGCUCAAACACACGGCCCAGGACAGGCCCCCCGCGGUCUCCCACAGAAUCCUGUAG